UCAAACGCACUUUGUUGUAAACAGCUGACAUUUUAUUUGUGUUCUUGUUAUUUUUGUGACGCAUUUUUGUUCAAAAUAUUAAUAAAGUUACUUUUAAAGAGAUUGUUGUAAAAUAAGCAGUAUGUUGGGCAUACAAAAUUAUGGCAGUUCGUCGGAAAGUGAUUCCGAAGCAGACGAAGCCACCAAUAAAGUGUCUACUGAUAACGAUGCGGUCGCACAUUUGAAACCUGUCGAUCCCGCAUUGUCGCUUGCUAAGUCACUAGCAGUGUGUGCUGCACCAGAAGUUGUGCCGAUGAACGCCUGCGACGUAGCGCGUACACUCGAUCCUACGGUGAAAGAAGUGACAUAUAAUCCAAAAUUCGAGGAAUUGUAUGCACCUGUGAAAGGUCCGGAAAAUCCAAAUUUGACACAACAAAUGCGCGCGCCGCGCAACACACUUUCUGGGUAUGUGGAAAAGGCGCACAUUAACGCGUUUGAAUUUGAAAAUCAGCGACGCACAUUUCACACUUAUGGAUAUGCGUUGGAUCCAUCCGUCGACGAAGUUGUUGACGGGCAAGCAUUUGUUGGUGACUUGCAAUCCGCGUAUGACGAUGACGGCAAAACUGUGUUUGAAUCACCGAAGCAGAAAAAGAAACGCAAACAAGAUAAAAAUGACAACCCCGAAGACAUAGAAGGUUUCGUCGGCCCUUGGGGUAAAUAUCAAGAUGAACAAUCCAUAGCACGACCAAAUGACCAAGAGAAAGCAGAAUUGGAAGAGAUUUUAGCGAAAAGACAUAGGCGCAAUCGUAUUGUUGAGGAUAAGCCAUUGGAGGAAAAAUCUGUGCUUCACAUCAAAGAUGCCUACGAUUAUCAAGGACGCUCGUAUCUGCAUGCACCACACGACUUGGGUAUUAACUUGCGCUCAACGUCGGCGCCCAACAAAUGUUUCUUACCCAAAUCACACAUACACACUUGGACUGGGCACACGAAAGGUAUUUCCUCAAUCAAAUGGUUCCCACAAACCGCGCACUUAUUACUAUCGGGCUCCAUGGAUUGUCGUGUAAAGCUGUGGGAAGUGUUCGGCGAACGACGUUGCAUUCGUACAUUCUCCGGCCAUAGACAAGCGAUCAAGGACGUCGCAUGGAACAAUAAAGGCACGAAAUUCCUCUCUGCUUCCUAUGAUCGUUAUAUAAAACUGUGGGAUGCCGAAACCGGUGAUGUUAUAUCACGUUUCACCGCACGAAAAAUGCCCUUCUGCGUCAAGUUUCAUCCGGACAAUAGCAAACAACAUCUAUUUGUCGCAGGCACAUCUGAUAAGAAAAUUAUUUGCUGGGACACGCGCAGCGGGGAUAUUGUGCAAGAAUAUGAUCGCCAUUUGGGUGCAGUCAACACAAUUACUUUUGUCGACGAGAAUCGACGUUUCGUUACUACCUCUGAUGACAAGUCCAUGCGUAUUUGGGAAUGGGACAUACCAGUCGACAUGAAGUACAUAGCCGAUCCCACAAUGCAUUCCAUGCCGGCUGUAACGCUUGCGCCGAAUGGCAAAUGGUUGGCAUGCCAGUCGUUGGAUAACAAAAUCGUGAUAUUCUCCGCUUUAAAUCGUUUUAAAAUGAAUCGCAAGAAGACAUUCAGUGGUCACAUGGUUUCCGGCUAUGCCUGUCAGCUCGACUUUUCCCCCGACAUGAGUUAUUUGGUUAGCGGCGAUGGCGAUGGCAAAUGUUAUAUAUGGGAUUGGAAAACAACGAAAAUGUACAAGAAAUGGCAGGCGCACGAGGGUGUGUGUAUCAGCACAAUGUGGCAUCCGCACGAAGCAAGUAAAGUGGUGACAGCUGGUUGGGAUGGCCUCAUCAAGUACUGGGAUUAGUUGAAGAACAAACAAAAACAAGGACACUCCAUAGCGGAAAACGUUAAGUACUGCACACCUCAUACAGUUGUAAUAGUUUUAUAUGAUAGAAAUAAAAACAAAAGAAAUAACAAUCAUAAACAUGGAUUAUGAAUA